GGCGGGCGGGCUUCCCGCCGGGCUCGGUGUCCGCUCGGGCACCGGGUGGCGGGGAGGGGUGGCCCCGCCUGGGUCACAACGAGCCCUUUCACUCCGCCGCGCAUCCGGCCCCCUCCCUCCCCCGACCUCGCGCUUAAAAACCUCGUUUCGUCUCAACUUGGGCGGCGGGGCGAGGUGUCAGAACCUCACUGCAGGCCUCGGGGCUCGCCCGGUGACCUCUCCGGUUCCGGGAUCCGAAUCGAGCCUUGUGGGGGGAUCCCGGGCGUAUAUACGCGAGAGGCCGCGGGAGUAAGUGGCUAAGCAGGGCUUGCAGACGAGUCAGCCUUGGAAUCCUGGUUUGAUGCCCCUUUGCUGCCCGUGUGAUCCGGGCGAGCGACCUAACCCUUCUGAGCCUCCUUGCGAGCAUCUGUCAAACAGGAACGGUGAACAGUACCCGCCUCCUCGCGCCGCUGGAGGAACCAAGUGAAGCUGCGUAUCAGAUCGCUCCCGUGCUAUUAAUACUUUGAGUGGGUACCGGCUUUACGCGCAGGCUCUGCGUUGGGCCCUGGGGUUGGCACCGGUGGAGCCACAUCUCAGUCCUCAGGCUGCUGAACACGUACACUGAAGCUUGGGACAAGAUAUUUACCUAAUUUCUGAGACGAAAUUAAAGACCUACGAUGGCAAUGAAGAAAGAGACUGAAUUUGUCAUUUUCACCUAAAGAAAAAUGAUAGACAAAAAUCAAACCUGCGGUAUAGGACAGGAUUCUCUGCCCUAUCUGACUUGUCUGAUUCACGUGCUGGAAGAGUGGUUUGGCCUAGAGCACUUGGAGGACUACUUGAAUUUUGCAAACUAUCUCUUGUGGGUUUUUACACCACUCAUACUUUUAAUACUUCCGUACUUUACUAUCUUUCUUCUCUAUCUUACUAUUAUUUUCUUACACAUUUAUAAGAGGAAGAAUGUAUUAAAAGAAGCCUACUCUCAUAAUUUAUGGGACGGGGCAAGGAAGACGGUGGCGACCCUUUGGGACGGACACGCGGCAGUCUGGCACGGUUAUGAAGUUCAUGGGAUGGAAAAAAUACCAGAAGAAGGACCAGCACUUAUAAUUUUUUAUCAUGGAGCUAUUCCCAUAGAUUUUUACUACUUCAUGGCCAAAAUUUUUAUCCAUAAAGGCAGGACUUGCCGAGUAGUGGCCGAUCACUUUGUCUUUAAAAUCCCAGGGUUUAGUUUAUUACUUGAUGUGUUUUGUGCUCUACAUGGACCAAGAGAAAAAUGUGUUGAAAUUCUGAGGAGUGGUCACUUGUUAGCUAUUUCACCAGGUGGAGUUCGAGAAGCCCUAAUUAGUGAUGAAACCUACAACAUCAUUUGGGGUAAUCGUAAAGGCUUCGCUCAGGUUGCAAUUGAUGCAAAAGUGCCCAUUAUUCCUAUGUUUACACAAAAUAUUCGAGAAGGAUUUAGAUCACUUGGAGGAACAAGGUUAUUUAGGUGGCUUUAUGAAAAAUUCCGCUAUCCAUUUGCUCCGAUGUAUGGAGGUUUUCCUGUGAAGUUACGCACCUAUUUAGGUGAUCCUAUUCCCUAUGAUCCAAAGAUAACAGCAGAAGAAUUAGCUGAAAAGACAAAGAAUGCUCUUCAAGCUUUGAUUGAUAAACACCAAAGAAUACCGGGAAACAUUAUGAGUGCUCUGUUAGAACGCUUUCAUAGAAAACAAAAGAUCAACUCGAAGACGAUUUAAUACAUUUAUAUUAGUAUGUUUGUGUCUAUAGUACCGUCUUCUAAAUUUUGUAGGUUCUAUAAUUAGUAUUUUUUAAAAAAAUGUUAAUAAGCAACUUUUGCUGAACUUGUUGGUUUAAAAUUGUAUCGUCGAUUUUGGUUUCGCAAUCAAUUGUGUCAAAUUUAAGCAGUAACUCAUUACAUGCCUAAUAAUUCAGGAAAUGAGGUUUCUUUUAUGAAUUCCUGAUAAUGUAUGAUAAACGUAUAGAUUUUAAAAACUAAGUUUAUUAAUAACAGCAAUUUAGGUUAAACAAACAUUCCUAAAUAAUGUGUCUAAUUUCUGUAUCUGUUGCAUCGGGCUAAUUUUGCAAGAUGGCAUAAUUCAGAGAAGAAACACUCUUUUAUCUGCCCCUCAUUCCUUUCUUCACCUUGGGCAAAUCACAUAAUGUGUUGGUGCCGUGGCAAUUCACUUUUUAAAAACAUAAUAAUACUAUGUGGAGGAGUGUUAUUUUAAAUUCUUUAUAUUUGCUGUGAUUGAGAACCGUAGAACUGAAAUUAUAACUGAAUUAAACAAUACCAAGACUUUUUAGAAGAUUAUGUAUAUAUUUGCUCCCUAGGAUCUUUAAAUUAUUUCUUCAGGUAUGAUGUCAAGUUGCCAAGGACAAUGUUUUUCAAAUUGAAUAACAAAUUAGGAAAAGUACAAUUUCUAGUCAUUAUUCUUUUGAGUAUUACGUCGUUACAAGAAUCUGUGGGCAGACCGCAGAGGGUGUGUGUGCUGUGACGUGGCCUUGAGCGGGGUGGGUGGAAGUCCCUCUUGGGCUCCACGGUCCCUGUUAGGAGCUGACUCUGUAAAUUCGGAGCGGCAGAGCACAGCCCCUGCUCAGCACCAGGGCGCAUUCCAGUGACUGCUCAGUCAGCCCCGUGGCCCACUGUUCUAGCAAACGUGUUCUUGAAGGACAAGCUUAUGUGAACACAGGCUUUCUGAAAAAUGAAUCCGUGGCUUUCAAUUUGUUGUCUCCUUGAAAUCUGAAUUUGAGAAGUAUUUAAACAGAAGAGUACCAGGAAUCAAAUGCAGUAUCUCCCUCUCCCUUUUUUAGAUAUUGAAUUACUUGGAUUUUUGUAUACAUUUUUGUAUAACAAGCAUAUAUGUAUGAUAUGUGUGGUGUAUAUACAGUUCAGCAACAUGAAAUAAAAGCAAAGCUGAAGGAAAUUCA